AGACUCAAAUUGCAGAGCAUGCUGCGCAUCCGAAUUCAUAUUUUUGCUCUGGUGUGCAAUAAUAAUACAUGCUAUAUGCCACAUUAAAAUCCAAAGGUGAUUUCUAUGUUUUUGUCAAGUUUGUUCGGUUUAUCGUUGAGUCACACCAUGUUUACAUAUUGCAUUCUCCGGCUCCAGUCUGAGCAGACUAUGAGUCAAUGUUUUCGCUUGUGUUUUGAAUAUUUGUGACAAAACAGGCACAUGUAUGUUCUUUCUACUUUAUUCGCGACAACGUUCUGUUUGUGUAGUAACACAAAUAAUAAUCAGUAGCGAAUGUUUAUAUAAACAUAAAUUGAUUUGCAAUUUGCGGAGAAAUAUUUUUCUGCCAAAUAAUCAUAUUUCACUCUAAAGAACAAUUAAAAGCAAAUUCAUGACAGCACUGCAAAUGGAUCUGUAUUGGUUGCGGCAAUCGAUGCGACCAAAUUAAACGAAGCGUCGUUUGAAUGACAUAACUUGAUUAAAUGCAAAGUACAGUUAAGUGCAGUCAGUUCACUAGCAGCAUUCGAUCAAUAUACACAAAUCCCAAAUUCAUGUGAAUAGUCAUUUAACUCAAAAAAAAUGAGCAGAAGAAGAGAUGAGGAGGCAAGUGAUUCUAAUUUGCCGCCGGGGAAAUUUCCAAAGAACAAAUCAAUGGCUCAACAGAAAAGUCUGGAUAGUUUUUUUACCCGACCAAACCAGCCCACUUCCACGUUAGGCGCAAGUUCAAGUUCAUUAGUCGAAACAUCAGCUACUACAGUAUCGAAGGAUGAUAUGAAUGUAUCGGUGAAUGUAUCAGAAGCGUCGAAAGUUGAUUUGAACCCCAUUGAAGAAAAAACAACAAACACGGCGCCUGAUGACAUAACACCAAUCGGACAAGAAAUGAAAUUGAAUGAACAAAUCCAAAAGUUGAAAACAGUGAAAUUUCCAAAGACUGCCACUGAAAAAGAUAAACGCUCCUUUCAAUUGCAAUGGAUUAACAGAUAUAAUUGGAUUGAAUACUCGAUAAGCCGUGAUGCUAUAUUUUGCUUCAUUUGUCGACAAUUUGGUGAGCAUUCACAAGAGCAAACAUUCACAACGAUCGGUUUUAAUAAAUGGAGAACAGCUCUAUCCGAUGGCAAAGGUCUUGUUAGACACAAUGCAUCGGCCGGUCACAUGACAGCAACUGCACGAUAUGCUGAAAAGUUGAUACGCACAGAAAUGGGCAAAUCGGUUUCGGAACUUUUGAAUCCCUCGGUUUUAGAAAAACGUCACUAUUACGUUAGAUCGAUUGUUGAGAUAAUUGUAUUCUUAGUUUCAAACC